AUGAAAAUCCUCGCCUUCCUCUCCGCCAUCACACUUGCCUGCGCCCAGGGGGGGCAGUGUCAGGGUGGCGGGGGCACGGGAGCUGGCUCUGGCCCUGGCUCUGGCUCUGGAGCAGGCUCUGGAGCAGGCUCUGGUUCAUCCUCGACUUCUUCGUCAUCGGUGUUCACGGUCACGGCCUCCCGUUCCGGCUCGUCUAUCCAUCAGCUGGCGCUGAAUGCCAAUGGGGGGUACUUCUAUCUCGGUGGGAGGACAUCCACGUACUGUCCCCCAGGGGUGGAGGCUGAGGGCGGCUGUCCACCGGGAAAUGCGACUGCCAUUGAUGGUGGGACUGCUUUGAGUGUCUCCGUCCCCGGCGGCCAACAAAUAUACGUCACCUCCAAAGGCGCCCUUGCCUUCACGCAGCCGCACAGCGCCUACAUCCCGCCAGGCUCCUCAACCGGCCCGUUCUACUACAGCGCCGGCGACCCAACCGGGACCUGGAGUUUUGACGGCGGCUUCAUGGCCUGCCCCAUCGGUGGCGGCGCCGGUAGCUCCUCCGCGGGUGCCUCGUCCUCUGGAUCCUGGCAGGUUUUUGCGAACUGGAGCAAUGCCACCGUGCCCGGGGGCGAUGUUAAUGCCUGUUUGGGGUUUCAGGCGGUUACGGUGGGACGGAAUGUUAGUGUGGAGGCUUGGGAGUAUAUCUAG